AUGCUCAUGAUGUCAACCAUGGUUUGGAGACAGACAGACUUGGUAGCCGUUCGACUUCACACCUUGGAAUCGCAACCGCCUAUAGAAGCGCCAGCCUCCAAGGAAUCUGAAAGCCCCGAGACUUUUACGACACUUCUACGUUUCUGGUCAGCGAAUGGGGAGAAUAUGGACGAUCUGGCUCAUUGGGAGAAACCCAAAGGCGUCGAAAAGAUCAUGGGACUCGUCUUUUACGGACGGCGACAAUCCAUCUCAAUUUUGGAUUGCUAUCUCAAGCGAAAUCUUGCCAAGAACGGAGGCUUGCUCGAUGGAGUCAUAUUCGUAGAACGAACCAAAGACCCCAAAGACCUGGCUCUCUUACAAAAGCUCCUAGAGAGCGAGGACACAUACCAAAAGUGGCAGGUUGAGAUGUCCGACGAAGAUAACUUCUCCAGCGGUUUUGGCAACUCUUACGACCAAGUUGAAGACGAUGUGAUGUAUGUCAAGAUUGACGACGACAUUGUUUUUAUGGAAGAUAGUGUAAUUCCUUCUAUUGUCAAGAAGAAGAUUGACCACCCAGAAUACUACAUCGUCUCCGCAAAUGUCGUGAACCAACCGCUACUAAGCUGGGUUCACUGGAACUUGGGCGCUAUAAGACCAUACCUUCCUGAGGUUGACAUAUCAGGCAAAGCUAUGCCUUUCACCACGGCUGGGAUGACGGAGGAGGAAUGGAACCCUUUAGAUCUUCCCCCAUGGAAUGGCUCCGAGUCCUUCUCAAUUCAGGACUGGGAUCCUGAAGGUACCAAGCACCGCUGGCUGCCACUCAACAAGGGCGGCAAGGACCAUAUUCUUGACACAACUCCCAUCGAAGUAACCGAAUACAGCCCCAUGGGCCGCGGAUGGACCGAGUGGACAAUUGGUGCACAAGAACACUUCAGCUUGUUUGAGAAUCUCGGAAAGAACAAGCUAUCUGCCUACAAGUUCGAUACAUGGGACUUUCAGUACGAGAGGAUGGGCAUCCAGUUUGUUGCAUUGUUGGGUCGGGAUAUCAACAGUGCCAAGCCGAUCGAAGCAGAUGAUGAGAACCAUUUCUCAUGCACCAUGCCACGAACGCUGGGAAGACAUGCCGUCGCUGGUGGACGAGGUGUUGUUGCUCAUUACAGUUUCGGAAGUCAGCGCGCUGGCAUGGAUCAAACCGAUAUCCUUGAUCGGUAUAGGUCUUUUGCGCACAAUCAUAUAUGUGCUGAGCCUAUGCUUUGGACACCAGAUGAGGGCUAA